CUGACGGGCAGGUGGGAUGGUGUUGGACCGUUGACUCCAUUCUCACCCCCCCCCCCUCGCUUUGUAACGGCGGUGGGAGUGGGACCGGUGACUCGGAGCCCGGAGCAAAAGCCGCACAGCGACGCAACGACGCCGGGGAAAGGAGAGGGGACCAUGGGCUCCGCUUCGUCCUCCUACCGCGUCAUUUACCUGGACGUGGACGGCAGGAUUCAGAAGGUGGUGUCAGUAGAUUCUGCACCCCAUGUGACAUUAGAGCUGUUCUGUACAGCCCGGGUUUGCCAAGAAACACUAAUCUGUCCCUGCUGGAUUCAUCCGGAGCCAUGGUGUCCAUUGACCCCACUAUGCCACACAACACAGAGAGGUCACUGUAUCGAGUGGUGCCCAUGACUGGAGGACAGCUUGCUGAUAAAGAGGAACUCUUUCAGAAUGUACUGACGCAAGUAGCAGAGCAGUUUUCAAGGGCGUUCAAGAUCAACGAGCUGAAGACCGAGGUCACAAACCGUCUUGCCAUGUUGGAGAAGAGAGUAGAGUUGGAGGGGAUGAAGGUGGUGGAGAUUGAGAAAUGCCGCAACGACAUCAAGAAGCUCCGUCAAGAGAUGGCAUCUAGACACAACAGUAACUUCCUGGAAGACAAUAAGAAGCUGACUCCUCGCAGAGACGUGCCCUCUUACCCAAAGUACCAUCUGUCUAAGGAGACAGUAGAAGCUCUCAGAUUGCCUACAUUCGAUGCUUGGCAGUGGGAACCUAAUGAGAUGCUCAGCUGUCUGGAACAUAUGUACCAUGACCUGGGCUUGGUCAAAGACUUCAGCAUCAACCCUAUCACACUCAAGAGAUGGCUGCUUUGUAUCCAUGACAACUACAAGAAUAACCCCUUCCACAACUUCCGCCACUGUUUCUGUGUCACCCAGAUGAUGUACAGCAUGAUCUGCCUCUGCAACCUACAGGAGAAGUUCACUCAGGUCGACGUUUUGAUUCUCAUGACAGCUGCUGUGUGUCACGAUCUUGAUCACCCCGGAUUCAACAACACGUACCAGAUCAAUGCCAGAACAGAGCUGUCAGUUCGCUACAACGACAUCUCCCCUCUGGAGAACCACCACUGUGCCGUGGCCUUCCAGAUCUUAUCCCAGCCUGACUGCAACAUCUUCUCCAACUUCGACCCUGAGGCCUUCAAACAGAUACGACAGGGAACCAUCACACUGAUCCUGGCUACAGACAUGGCCCGACACGGUGAGAUCCUGGACUCCUUCAAGCAGAAAGUCGACAGCUUUGACUACGCCGAUGAGGAGCAUGCCACCUGUCUGAAGAUGGUGCUCAUCAAGUGCUGCGACAUCUCCAACGAGGUGCGGCCCAUGGAGGUGGCUGAGCCCUGGGUCGACUGCCUGCUGGAGGAGUACUUCAUGCAGAGCGACAGAGAGAAGGCUGAAGGGCUUCCUGUGGCUCCGUUCAUGGACAGAGAAAAGGUCACCAAGCCGACGGCUCAGAUUGGCUUCAUCAAGUUCGUCCUUAUCCCCAUGUUUGAGACUGUGAUGAAGCUGUUCCCACAGAUUGAAGAGGCGAUGGUGCAGCCACUCAGAGAGUCAAGAGACCGAUACGAAGAACUCAAACAGAUUGAUGACGCCAUGAAUGAGGUGCAGAAAAACAAAAGUGAGAGCUUGACCAUGGGAGGGAAGAAGAAGUAAGACGUUUUAUGAAGCACCAGUGAGCGUAGAGCACGAGAGUGGAGCAGUGUGAUGUAAAGUUAACCUGAGUUGUCACGACAUAUCCUCACAGAGGACCAGCAGGAUGUGUGAUCUGGGGAAAAUAAGGUGGAUUUCCAGUCUGUCAAAGAAAUGUGAUGGAGGGGAUAUGAGAAGCAGCUCUGAGACAGUGUUACAAACUACUGAUGGAAUCAAGGACCAGAUGGACAGUAGCCUUUCAGGACAUGUCAACAUUUGUACAGCACAAAUUAGAUACAUAUCUGCAUUGUUUUUUAUUUGUAAUGUGUUGUUUUUUACAGAUUGUACAGAUUUUUAGUAACCUGUGUUCUUUCCUACAAAGAAAAUAAAAGGAUU